UUUCCGAGCCGGGCUUCUGCGGGAACGGACCCUCGGCGGAAGUUGCCCGGAGCGGAGCGGGGAGGGACCGGAAGUGCCGUGGACGGGCCCGGCGGAGGCUGCGCGGCCGCGGCGGCCCCGGUCCCGCCUCCGGCCCGGCCCGGCCCGCUCCGGUCCGACCCCUCCGGCCCCGCCGCUGCCGCCGCCCCCGUCCGCCCCCGCCGCCAUGAGGCUGAAGCUGCGGAACGUCUUCGUCGCCUAUUUCCUGGCCUCCCUGGGGGGGCUGCUGUACGCCCUGCUGCAGCUCGGGCAGCCCUGUGACUGCCGGCAGCGGCGCGGGGGGGCCCCCGACGGCGGGGAGGGGCGCGAGCGGGGGGCGGCGGGGCCGGGGCGCCCCGAACCUGGCGGGGGGCAGCGCCCGCCCGGCCCGGGGGGCCCCCGCCUGCCCCCCCCGGCGCUGCCCCCCCCGGAGCUGCCCCCGGAGCUACCCACCAUCUACGUGGUGACCCCCACCUACGCCAGGCUGGUGCAGAAGGCGGAGCUGGUGCGGCUGUCGCAGACGCUGCUGCACGUGCCGCGGCUGCACUGGGUGGUGGUGGAGGACGCGCCGGGGCCCUCGGCGCUGGUGGCGGCGCUGCUGGCGCAGAGCGGGCUGCGCUUCACCCACCUGCACGCGCCGACGCCCCCCCCGCGCCGCCCCCGCCCCGGCGACCCGGCCUGGCUGCGGCCCCGCGGCGCCGAGCAGCGCAACCGGGCGCUGCAGUGGCUGCGCGACACCCGCCCCGCCGAGCCCGCCGUGGUCUACUUCGCCGACGACGACAACACCUACAGCCUGCGCCUCUUCGAGGAGAUGCGCAGCACGCGGCGCGUGGCGGUGUGGCCGGUGGGGCUGGUGGGCGGCCUGCGCUUCGAGCGGCCGCUGGUGGAGCGGGGCCGCGUCGUGGGCUUCCACGCGGCCUGGAAGCCGGAGCGGCCCUUCCCGCUGGACAUGGCCGGCUUCGCCGUGGCGCUGCGGCUGCUGCUGGCGCGGCCGGGCGCCCGCUUCGACCCGCGCGCCGAGCGCGGCUACCUGGAGAGCAGCCUGCUGCAGGGGCUCGUCUCCCGCGAGCAGCUGGAGCCCAAGGCCGACAACUGCACGCGGGUGCUGGUGUGGCACACGCGCACGGAGAAGCCCAAGAUGCGGCAGGAGGAGCAGCUGCAGCGCCAGGGCCUGGGCUCCGACCCCCGCGUGGAGGUGUGAGCCCCGGGGACACGCCGGACACGGGGACACGCCGGACGCACGGACGCGCCGGACACGGGGACACAGCGGACACACGGACGCGCUGGACGGAGGGACGCGCCGGAGGUGGGAACACGCUGGAUGUGGGGACGCACCGGGUGCGAGGAUGCGCCGAACGCAAGGACACGGGGACAUCCUGGACACAGGGACACGGACACCCCGGACAUGGGGACAUCCUGGACACGGGGACACCCCAGACACACGGACACCCCGGACACCCAGGACACGGGGACAUCCUGGACAUGGGGACACCCCUGACAUGGGGACACACGGACCCCCCGGCCGCAGGGACCAGUCGGAGACGCGGACGCUCUGGACACGGGACGCGCUGGCAGCCGGACGCGGGGACACGGGGACGCUCCGCAGGCAGGGACGCACCGCCGCGCCGCUCCCGUUUAUUUAUUGGGCCCCGGCCCCCCCACACACACACCCCCCCCCCGCGCGCCGGGGGGGCCCUGGACGCAGCCCCCUCCCUGGCCCCCUCCCCGGCCCCGCGCGGCUCCUCCGCAAUAAACCGCCGGCUCCAUC